GAAAAAGAGAGAGAAACAAUGCGACUUACCUGAGAAGUGAGAAAUGGCGACCAAAUUAAAUCAGUGGAGCACUAAAUCAAACGGGCGGAGGUCACCUCUCAACAGUCAGCGACUCAGCGGUCCAGGCUCCGGCGACUAGAAAAGAGAAGGUUUCAGCGACCGACAAAGAGGAGAGAGAUCGUACGGUACGAAUGCGGGGAACAAUCCAGCGACCAGAAAAGGGCGCACGACAGCAACGAUCUUAAUGGGUGUUGUUAUUCCGGCCACAGCCACUACUGAUAUAGUAAUUGGACCUUGGGGAGGUGAAGGUGGCGACACUCCCUGGAUAUUCAAACCAGAGGGUAGGAUUGUCGAUAUAUCCAUCCGAAGUGAAGAAGCAGUAGAUUCCAUUAGCUUCAACUACACGGAUAAAGAGGGUCUUGAAGACGAUUCUGAAAUAUAUGGUGGCGAUGGUGGCUUACUUCAUGCGCCUUGUCCGAGGGUGAAAACAUCAUUGGGAUUAGUGGAACUAUCGGAAAAGUUUCAAACAACACAGUGAUUACAUCAUUGUCUUUCAAGACAG